UGAUUAAUCAUGCCCAUAAAUUUAUGUCCAUGCUUUUAUCUCGAGAUCCCAGACUCCAACCACCUGAUGACAAGGCGGGGUAUGAUUACCUACUGCUAGAACUAAGCGCCAAUCAGUGAUCGAAUGCAAUGAGGCUGAGCUCAGAGAACCUCACACUUUUCAACAUUUUAUGAAAAUCCUGAUUGAAAAUACACUGAAGUCCCCCAUCGGCUCCAUGCUUCGUUCAUCUUCAACGCCCCCUAAGCAUGACCAUCGGGGCUCAAGGUAUCAACUCAGCCGCGGAGCAGCCAGGUUCGGCGGCAACAAAUCGAACAGGCAAAGCAAUGUAAGGUACGGGACAAUUUUAUUAUGUUCGGGGUGGUUUAUCUUUGCUAAAAGAACUCAUGUGGAGAUGAUACAGACACAUGUAUCGCAGAUUGGAAUCCUAUUAACCGUACAGCCUGUCAAACCAAAGAAGCGAACAUUUCUGUCAUCAAUCUUAUGUUAUCACCGAGGAGACCGUCACCCAGCUCAAGAAAGUCGCCAUUACGACACGGAGGAAGGCCAGAGCAACCGGGUUAACGCGUCCGCCUCUCUCCAAGACCCCCGAAAUUCCAUUCAUCGUGCGGAGGACAUCGAGGAUAGAGCAAAACUCACCGAGGAGAUAGACACUAUCUUCUGGGAGCAAAAUAAACACCAAAAUCUCGAUUCACAUAGACAUCUUGCACAGUGUGAUUUUAUCUACGACGCGUUGAUCUUCACUGAAAAUAAUCAAGGCCAAAUCCGCCGGCGUCUAGUCGUGGACUUUGAGACCGACGUGAACCUCAUGGCUGACGAUGUUCAGAAACAUUUGAAUAUCAAAGUGGAUCCGUAUACCGGACCAACAAUUCAACUACCCGGUCAACUCAAUGUCCAGCCCAUCGGGAGCGUCGUGACUCGGUGGAAAUUGCAGCGCGGCAACAAGAUCUACCAGACAAGAUUCUUGAUCAUUGAGAACAGCCGAUCAGACCUUUUACUCGGUCGGCCUUCAGUCAAGGAGCUUGCUUUGUUCCGCGUGGAUCCGGAAAUUGUGGCGAGAUUGCAGGCUUCAUACCAUUGAAUGAAUACGUGGAGAAACCAUCAUCACCCAACGUGCUCAAAUGAGCGUUUUAUUCUCGUUAUUUUAUUCUCUCCUCAAUCCCUUCGCCUGUUUCUCCUUACCCCUUACUCUCAUUUACCCUGGUGUUUGUUUUCAUAUGACCGCGAGUCCUACUCUUUCUGUUCUGUGGCAACGAGACAUCUAAAAUGGAUAACGCGAAAUACAACUUCAAAGUCCACUAAAAUGUCCAGAAACAAUAAGACAUAGCCACGAGCGUGGCCGCCCUCGAGCCUUGUCCGGCAUUUCCUAAAGACCAGAGGACAAAUCAAAAAUCGAAAAUCAAAACAAAAGCAGGCCUCGCUUAGACUGUGGGUUCGACUAUACUCUUCCCUCUAUCUUUUCGACGUGAUCAGGGCGGAUUCAAU